UCUAUGAUCUACCCACCCACCCACCCCGGCGCAUGCCUAACAUUUUUGGACUUAAACGCAGCAAUUUCCCCAUUGUCCUUUGCCUUCGUCUUCCCUGAGAUCUUUCGUCGGAAAGCUCUUUGAUUUUUUGUUUGUUUGUGUUCGUUUUCUGGGCUAUACCCAUGGAGUCUUCUGUGAAUUCCCGCCACAACCGCACUUUUCUGUCCAAUAUGCAGCCUUCUCUUUCUUUCAUUUGUUUUCAAUUUUGACAUUUUCUGUUUGGUUUCCCUCUCUCUCUUUCUCUCUCCUUGGAAAAUUCAGAAAAUGGUCAAAUCAGGGAAUGGUAAUGGGGGAAAUCCUUAAACAUGCUGCGGCGCAAGUGCUGGAGCUAAUUGAGCUGGGAACAUUUGAUGAAUGCUCCAAGAAAUAAAGAAAAGAAACACGGAAAUCUCUGUUUCUCGUUCGAAUUUCGGGUUUCUGGAGGGGGAGAGAAGAAUGGAUAAAUUUUCCUUCCUUUUUUACCUGAGAAGAAGAAGCUUUGGUUUUCAGGAUGGAUGUUUGUAGUCUCUGCAUUAACUGUUUGAAAUCUUGAGGCUGCCGUACACCAUUGUUGAUAAUCUUGUUUUCUGCGUAGAAAUUUGUUGAGGAGAACAAAAAUGGCGACUUCCCAGGUCCAAACUUCCCCCUCUGAGUGUGUGUUGAGAAAGCAGAGCCAUUUUCACACGAAUCUCAAGGUUUUGAUGAGUUCCUGCGGGUCCGAUCGGCGGGGGAACGGUUCAGAUUCCGAUGAAAACGGUGUCGUGGUUGACAUUACGGACCUCUGGGUUCAUAAACCCCAAUAUCUAGACAAAACGCGUAGGAAUGAUGAAAGGAAUACGAGUACUGAGGAUUCUGGUAAUUGGGGUAAAGUCAGAGAAAUUGUGUUUCCCGGGGUGGGGAAAAACGCGGGUGCGAAUAAAUCGGAGAAUUCGCCGUCUAGGUCGGAUGCCUCGGCGGCGCAGGUUCGUAAUUCCGGCGGCGUCUCCUCCCUUGUGCGGCGGUGGAGAGACUUCGGAGUGGUUGCAAAAACCGCCAAUUCCGCCGCCGCCGCCGCCAACAACAACAACUCCUCUAUUAGCAUCUCCAGAAGCAACUCCACCUCCUCUACACUGUGCGAUGAUUCUUCAAUCGACGGAAGGCUCGUCCAAUCGUCCUCCGGCGACGGCGAAUCCGACAGGACGAUGCCUCACAAAGACUCCGAUGCCUCGGAGAGAGAGAGGCUAAAGGUCGCCGAUAUCAUCAAAAAACUCUCCUGCAACGUCGGCGAAGAAAAUCAAAGCGAUCACGGAGGCACUGAUUCCCCAUUGCCGCGGCUUAGAACUCCGUCCGAUCAUCACCAUUCCGAUCAGUCGCCGUCCAGAUCCCACUCCCUGGCCGUGAAUUCGCCCCGCUUCAUCAGAGGCCGCAAGGCGUUUGUUGAUUUGCUUAUGCAGAUGGAGCGCGAGAGGGUUAGGGAGCUUGAAGGAGUUAUGGAACGCAAAAUCGUCUCAAAAUUCCAGCACAAAGGCCGCAUUCAGGCUAUGCUUCGGCUUAAAUUCCUCAGGCGUCCCGAGGAUGCCAAUGACAGUCGGCCAUUACAUUGCAAGGCGUCGUCUGAAUCGAACCGAUCAAAACAAUCUUCGAUAGUGAAUCUGAGGGAGAGAUUCAAUGCUGUGCUUCAGCAAGGCGUUGCGGAUUCCAAAACAACUCCCAAAGAGGGUGCUGAUAAUAGAGACGUUGUCGAUCGUACCUUAGUAAUUGGAAAUGUUUCCACUUCUUGUCAGGUGAAAGAAGAGAAACAUCCUCAACAAGGGGUGGAAACCUCGUUAAGUCCACAGAACGCGAGGAGUUCUGUUGCAGGCAUUCGACUUGACGGGUGUUCUAAUAGCAAAGAAGUAACAGGGCAAAACGUGAGCUCUGGAGUUAGGCGUAAUGAGGAAACUGGGGAUACCGAAGAAAGGAAAGAAAACUGGGGAACCAGUCACAACAAAGAUGAAGAGACCAUUGGUCAUCAACCAAUGGAAAGUGAAUGGGGGUGGGUAAGGGAGUAUUCUCACGUGCAAAAUAGAUCAGAUGAACUGCAUUACGAUUUCAGUCAAGAUUGGAUAACUGAUGUUUCUCGCCCACAGAGCGUAUGGGAAGAUCUUAGGCAAGCUAGAUACCAAGAAAUGCUCGAUCCGUUCUUAGAUAAUCAAGACAUUCAAGAACUCCUUCAAAGGAGAAGCGUUUCAAAUUUCCUUACGGGAGGCAUGAGGGAGAUCAUAGAUCUGCUGAUGAUAUCUCGCUCACAAGGACACCAAAGAACAAUUGAUACUGCUGUGCAAGAAGUAAAAGAACAAGCAGCAGCAGAUGAUGGUGACAAGGUGGAAGAGCGACGAUGCAUUGCGAGUGGGGAAGAUGAAUAUCAAGAAGAGGAAGACGAAGAAGUUGAUAACCGUGAAGAAGAUAAUGGUGUUAAUGAUGGACCUGCAGGUUCGGUUGAUCAGACGUGGAGCUACAAUCAAGGCCGUGAUUUGAGCGACGACUCUGAUCAGACCACAUCAGCAUACUCCCAAAACAACGAACCGUACCGGUCCUCCCAAAGGCAUCCUUCAAUCGAAAUACAACUCAUAUAUGAACUAAAGACUCACAUGGAGCAACUCCGUCAAGAGAUGUUUGAAGUACAAAGAUCAAUAAAGAGUUGCGUGGACAUGCAAAUGAAACUACAGCGUUCCAUCAAGCACGAAGUCACAGCCGCGCUUGCUCAAUCAGGGCAUAAGAGGGGGAGAGGUUCAGGCAAUAAACGCGUACGCAAAGGGAAUUGUUGCAUUUGUCACGACAUGAAAGUGGACUCUCUUCUUUACAGAUGCGGGCAUAUGUGCACGUGCUUCAACUGCGCUCGCGAGUUGCAGUCAGGCGACGGGAAGUGUCCAAUAUGUCAAGCUCCCAUCCUAGACGUUGUGCGUACACAUACUCAUUAACACAAGCAAAAAAGGGUUUUCUUGCUUAAGAUGAACAGUUAAGAUGAUGAGAAAGAUGAGAUGUAUAAUUCUGGAAUAGGUUAAUCUAUUAAUGGGCAUUUCACAUCAGAUUGACUGAUGAAUGCCCACUCUUCUUCUUCACUGAACCUAACGGAUAAUGCAUCUUCUUUUAGAAUUUUAUGAGUGAUGCUGAAAUUCAAUUAA